AACGAAGCCGCCGAACCACCUCCUAUCGCUACCAAACUAGAAGCGCCAAUGGGGUCAGGGUGAGACCGCCGACGCCGUUCCUCAACUUCGCCAUCGGUCGGAGUCUGCCAGGCGGCCGGGUUUAGGAACGCCAAUGCCGGGAGAGAAAUUAAGAUCGACCUGUGUGGAUCUUCCUCAAGCGCGAGAUGUAGGGAUGGAUGGCCUCGGCCAUGGUGUUCCCUUGCCGGUGCGGGUCUCGCCGCGGUGCCGCAACCCCGACGUGGACAGAUCUCGUCUCAACCUUGUCGCUGACGAGCAAGCUACAGAGGAUUCUGAGGUUCAGCUGGUAGAGACUGCUGAGCAGGAGCUCGUUGAAGACGAGCAAGCUACAGAGGAUUCUGAGGUUCAGCUGGUAGAGACUGCUGAGCAGGAGCUCGUUGAAGGAGAAGAAUAGGUGGUUCAAGUGGAGCCAAGUAUCGAGGAGUUCGAUUCGAUCUAGGUGGCGUCUCCCAGUCAGCUUUCUGGCGCCAAGGAUAGAUUUUAGAUCCUGCGAUAUUUAUCUCUUAUUUUGUAAGACUUCCGCUAUGUAAUAAAAUACUCUGAUUAUAUUGUGACAUUUAUCUCUAUACACUCUGUUAUUAUAU